ACCGAAAAUUUGGUAGAGGCAUCGGAGCGGUUGAGCGGGGUGAUCUCAGUAGUGACGAAGACGCGAGUGGAGACGGCCGCAUCGCGGUGAGCCGCGUUCCCACACGAAUGAACACAACUCCUAGUCCAGAAUAGCCACGCAACGACCUCAAGCAAGAUGGGGUCUCAGCAGUUUUGCCUCAAGUGGAACAACCACCAGUCGAACAUGCUGGCCGUGUUCGAACAGCUUUUAUCAAAUGAAGCACUGGUGGACGUGACGCUAGCCUGCGAAGGCCUAUCGUUGAAGGCCCACAAGAUGGUUCUGUCAGCUUGCAGUCCUUUUUUCCAAGCUCUCUUCAUCGAAAAUCCUUGCAAGCACCCUAUUGUGAUCAUGAAGGACAUGCGCUACAUGGACUUGAAAGCCAUUGUCGAGUUUAUGUACCGGGGAGAGGUCAACGUUUCUCAAGACCAACUCUCGGCGCUUCUCAAAACGGCAGAGACGCUCAAAGUGAAAGGACUCGCGGAGGUCACCGGUGAGAACAAGCAUGGUGCGCUCGUGAGUGUGGACGGUGCGGACCCUAAGCCAGUGGGCACGCCUCGUGCCGAAUCUCCGCCACUUAGUAAACGAAAACGAGGGCGGCCUCGGAGACGAUCGCCCAGCGAUUCCAACAAGAGCGACUCCGAAGAUCAGGGCGGGCCUCCGGCGACGCGCAUCAAGGGACCUGAGAGCCCCGAAAUAAUUGAAGAUGGCAGCAUGUCGAGCGACCGCGUUACGACUAUUCCGGCCGCUUCUCCUUCGAGUCGGACUUCUACUACUGUGGCGGUGUCUUCCACGGCUGUGUCUACGGGUGCGGUUGUCGGUUCCACUGCAAAGGCCACGAACUCUUUGGCGGCCACCUCUCAGCAUACUCAGGACUCCAUGGGUGAUGACGUGGGGGAGGGCGAUGAUGCGGACUUUGAGGUGGAGCCUUCAAAUCUUAUGGAACAGUCCAUGACGACAGAAAACGUUCCAGUGUUCACGGAAGUUGCCUCAUCACAACCACUAGGGAGCGAGUCGCAGCAGUCUCAUCAUACAGGGUCCACAUCAGACAGUACCGCUCUUGUUCCUGUUCAAGCCUCAUUGCCUUCAGACAUCUCCAUUUCCAGUCAAGUGGACAUUAAGCCGUCGCCUUCUAGUUUAAUACCCUACGACGAUCAGGCGAUAUCGCCCGUGGUCGCCGCCCCUCCUGCCGCUGCGGCCUCUUCUGCAGAGGGCUCCAACAUGGCCAUGAUGUUCAUGGACACGUCGGGCGUUCCUGCAAUCGCCGGCCCGUCCAAUUAUCAUCCGGACAAGCAGCAGUCGACACCAUCUCAUGGUACGUAGCCCUCUGACCGACCCCUUACUCCCACCUUUCCUGUCCCUCUUUCACUUCUGAUUUUGCCUCACGACAAUCCUAGCCUCUGCCGCGUUGGGGGUUCAUCUUUAUGUGCAACGUCCGACGUUAUGUGCGGCGGCUACGAUUGUAUCAGGCGAUUUCGAAGCAUCGCUAUCGUUAUUGCAUUGCCGCAUUGGCACUUAACUCGUAUGACACAAUAGCGACGCUUCAUUAUUAGGUUUUGAUGACUUGUUAUGUAUGCAAUUUGCUGUAUUCCUAUAUUGUAACAUACCGUUAAGUAAAAGUUAUUACAAUGUGCCUCCCUUGAGAGGCUUCUCCGAAGACGCCCAAUCAUUUGUCAGUGUCUUGUCUCAGUUAAUCAUCGGCGUGAAUCGCGUAUGCGUUGACCCGUGCACAACAAGCAGCCCGUUUGGAGGACCAUUCAAGCGUCUCGAUUUGGAAGUCCUGCUGGCCACGUCGUGUCUGCAAGCCUGGUGCUAUCCGCGUCGCGUCCGCAUUUUUUCCUCUCGCCGACUGUGAAGCAGCCGUCCUGGGUUUUUCGAAUCAUUUGGUAAGUUCUAUUUUUAGCCCCCUUCCCUUGAACCACAUCCCUUAACCCUUUAUGCGUUAUUUUUGGUAGGGCCCUAGGGAUUAAAUUCUCGCGAAGUGAAUUAUUGUAUUGCACUGUACCGUAUUUUUGCCUAUUAAAGAAUGAAUGGGUGGGGUUCUACUGUCUCAUUGUAUGAAGUGUUACACGAGCGAGCAAGAGUGACUGUACGAGUGUGUGCGUCAUGAGUGAUUGCGCGUUUGAAUGCUGGUGGAUGCGAUAGUGUGGUUGCGUGAGUGCAUGCUGGGCAAGUGUGUUUGCGUGAGUGAAUCUUCACUUCCCCUCAUUUAAACCAUGAUUGCUUCGCCCGAUACCCAUCACUACAUCGGGGCAACACGUAUCACUCUAACUCAUGUAAUAG